AUGAUCGCGAUUGGCUAUAAUAGACGCGGGCAACGAAUGCUGCUGGCAUUUCACCUGAUCGGUCUUUGGUAUUCCGCCACAUCGGCUUUGACAGUCGACAAUCAAUUGGUCUCUGCACGCAAUGACUGCUUCGAGCGGAUUGCGCUGGAGGCGAUGCUGCCAUUUGAGAAGACCUUCCGCACCGAAGACACCAACUCGCUGAAGAUGUGCAAGGAGAAGUGCCUGCAGGCGGGCGAGAAGUGUCAGGCGAUCUCGUUUGGUGUUCAUCGACGCGGAAACGGCACUUGUCAGUUGUCGUCGGAACAGUACGGCUCCGGGGGCGGCGGGCGGCCAGGGGGCGUUAUUUUCGAUCCCGACUUUGAUCUGUACACGCGCAAGACGAACUGCUUCGACUUGAGCGACAAUUCGAUUGGCCCCGGACUCCAGCCCGUCCCGGGUCCCAGUCCCAUUUCUCCGGGACCGACGCCCGUGGAUUUGCCCAACCGACCGCUGGACGUGGGCAAUACCCCCGUGCUGGUGGUGAAUCCCACUCCCCACACAGAUGGCGGUCCACCGCCACCUCCGCCGCCUCUCUCUUCUUUGGGACCCUCUCCUGGUGUGGGAGAUCGACUGUACUUCUCCCAUGAUCUGUAUCCGCUGUACAAGUAUCCAACUCUGUAUGAGAACAACUAUCCCUCACCCAACGAGGAUGUCUAUAUUCCUGGUGGUUAUGCUGCCAAUGCUCCCGAGGUGAAUGAGCGCUAUCGCCCCCCGCAUUAUGGACCAGUGGAUCCUGCGGAGGAUGAUGGAGUACGACCCACGCCACAUGGUCCACCUAGACCCAUCUUUGGCUUGGGUUAUGGCAACGGCUACAGCUAUGGCUCACCGGAGAGGUACACUCCGCCUCCGACAAUGAGGCCCUCGAGUGGAUCUUCCGAAGAGCGACCCAGCUAUGCGGCCAGGCCACCGCCUAGGCCUACUGCUGAUCGUCCAGAUUAUCCACCGGGCCCGCCGCAGCCACCACGCCCUUAUGACAGCUCCACACCGCCUUCCUAUGGACCUCGACCCAGUCCCAGCUACGAUGGUCAUCGGGAGCCACGUCCGGACUACACCAAUCGUCCGGAUCCGCCGUCACAGCAGCCGCAUGAUGGCUAUGGAAUGAACGGACCCUCGGCUAGGCCACCGCCACCUUAUGAAGCCCCACCACCGCCUAGGGAUGAUUAUAUACGAAGAAAUGGCAGCGCCAUGCGUCCAGGAGAUGGUUAUGGAGGCUAUGAUGAUGACAAGACUAUAGCCACCUACUUUAAUCCCGAUGACUUUAGUAAGUGGAAUAAACGUCCCAUGCCCGGUGACAGAGACCGAGAUAGAGAUCGAGAUCGCGAUCGCCUAGGCUAUCCCAUGGAUGAACUGAAGGCCUGCUUCCGGCGCGUCCUGGCCGGCAAACGGAUAGCGCCCCAUUGGGUGCGUCGCUCCAUAUCCUGCGAGCGCGUGGAGGAGUGCAUGCGGGAGUGCGGUCGGGAGCGGCGCUUUAUGUGCGAAGGCUUCAACUACCGACUGGAUCCGUCGGGUCAUGGCCAGGGCGAUUGCGAGCUGGUAGAGAUGCCGUUGGCCCAGAUGGAUCUCUACUCCAGUCCAGACCGACGGGAUGCCAAUCUGCUAAGGCAUCCGGACUAUGACUACUAUGAGAGGGAUCGCAAUGCUCCGAGUAGCUGUCGGCGGAGUGCCUGCCAGGAUUGUUCCAAGGGUCCAGUAAGCAGUCAGCCGGUGUACUUCAAGCCUAGCGGCGGCGGUGGAGGAUAUGGCGAUCGUGACAGGGACCGGGACAGGGAUCACUAUCGUCCGCCCAGCAGCACGGCCGUGGAUCACUAUCGUGGUCCUUCGGGACCGCCGUCGAGCGGUUCCUAUGAGCACCGACCACCCUUCUCCUCGGAGUACCAUGGCUCUCACAGUUCGUCCUCCUCGGCAUCCUCCUAUGAGUUCUCCUCGCAUGGCUCUGGCUCCAGUUCGGGCUCCAGUUCCGGCUACUUUGGUCACACGCCUCCAAGCAGCUACGGCGGCGGCGAGCAUCCCUAUGUGGAUCGCCAUGAUCCGCCGCACUAUAGACCUGGUAUAGGCUCCCGCCCGGAUCGCUGGGAGACGCUGCCGAGCAGCUCCGGCUAUGACAGCUCAGCGUAUAGGCCACCACGUCCUGAAACGGAUCGCAUUGAUAAAUACCGACCGCCGUAUCGUCCUGGCUCCGAUUACUCCCCUUACCGACCACCAAGUCGUCCCUCGCAUAACUACCUCGACAGGGAUGGAGCAGGGCCACCAGGACCACCACCGCCAGGAUCCUACAAGAAGCCCAACAAGUUCGUUCCUUACCUCAUUGGCGGCGAGGAUAACUGGGGUCACUAUGGUGGCUCUUAUGGUGGCAGCAGCAAGCACUCUUCGUCGUCCUCCUCCUCCUACUGGGGAUUGACGGACUCCCAAAGACGCAAGGAUCAGCAGGACUUUAAUUACUUCCAAUUGGGGGCGCCGCAUCGGGAAUCCAACUCGGUGCUGAGCUAUCCGGGAUCGGGUUACGAGGAUGAUUAUCCCCGAAGGCGCAAUGACUACCGACAGCAGUGGACGCGAAGACCAGGACAGGAUGAGUGCUCGGCCAAGACCAGCGAGGGCUUCCGGCUGCAUAAGACGGCCGUAAAGCAUGCCUUCAAUGUGCCCACUUUGACCGAAUGCGAGCGUUUGUGCUCUGACCAACGGCCCAGCUUCAUCUGCCACACCUUUAGCUAUCGUUAUAACCAGGCGGGCAGGGAUAACUGCAUGCUCUGCGACAGGCCCAUCAAUAUGCUGGAUUACUAUGUGGACAUUGAGCCGGAUAGAGAUUAUGAUAUAUACUCCAUGGCGGAUGAUAUGGAUGUGUGCCGGCAACCACCGCGACGUCAUGACACGGCAGGGCCCAGCACAGCGCUCUCAGAUCCCAGAAAUGCUCAGUGCUUUUUCCGCGCUAUUGAUGCCACACGCUUCUUCAAGUCCAUUGUACGCGACUCCCUGACCGUGCGUUCUGUGGGCGAGUGCGAGAUGGAGUGCAUCCGUUCCACCAAGUUCACUUGUCGUGCCUUUGCCUUCCGUUAUGGCCAGCAGCGGCAUGCAGGAGUCAUUGACAACUGCCAACUCAGCGAUUGGCCAGUGAGGGAUAUGGAUAAGGAGCGUCAUUUGAUUUUAGAUGCGGCCUUUGACAUCUUCGAGCGGGCCAGCUAUGGCCAUGGCUGCGAGAUACAGCCCAUUGUGGAUGAGAAGCACAAGAAACUUUGCUAUUUGGGCUAUGGCUCGCCAGCUCGACUGCUGCCGCCGGCCAUCAAAAAGGUGAUAUCGGUGCCCUCGGAGAUGGCCUGCAAGAAGGAGUGCAUACGCUUCAGGGAGACGACACCCUUCAAGUGCUUUGCCUUUAGUUAUGGUUCCCAUGCCAGCUCCUUUAACUGCGAACUCUCGGACCUCGAUCAGACCGAGCUCAAGCAGGAUGUGCACUAUACGCACACCAAGGAGCGCGAUUUCUGGCUGUUUGCCUGGAAUCCAUUCGACUGGACCUGCCGGGACAAGGUCAACACCAUUGGGGGAUCACGGGUCAACAAUGAUCGGCGCAUGGACAUCUUCCGGGAACCGGGCGAUGUGGCCUGGCGCCACUACACCGUUUCCGGCAAGCCCUGCCGCCGGAGCAGCCCCUGCGAAAAGAACCUGGUCACGGGCUUCUACUCCUGCGAGACGGAUGCCUCCGAGGUGGGCUCCUGGGACUACUGCUGCAAGGCGGAUCAUCCGUGCGGCUACAGCAAGGGCUUUGACUAUCCCUGGUGCUUUGUGGGCGAUGAGUUUGAUCAGUGGCGCAAGUGCAGUGACCGUUACUUCCCCGGCAAGAAUGCCACUCAGGUCACACACUCCCAUUUGGGUCUGCCCAGUGCCAAGGAGAAGCAGAAGCAUCCACAGCAGGCCACUGCGGCCAGCAGCGAGUACAGCCAGCAUCCGCCGCGACCUGGAGGACUCCAGAGCCUCAGCGAUUUUGCCGCCGCCCGGCUGUGGCCCGUGACCUACUUGUACAGUGAGGGCCCGCCCAAUGCCACCGAGUUUAGCAACUUUGUCGACUGCAACAAGGAGUCGUGCUAAUAGUAGUUGCUCUCUAAUGUUAAGAAUUAAAUAUAUUUAUGUACAAUAGAAGCCACCCCCAUGAAAUCCCCGAUGUACUCGAGCCGCGUCGACGUUGUCGUUGCUGUGAUCAUCAUUGAGAUUGGAUACCAUUGUCGUCAGCAUCAGAAGCGAGACCAAUUAACUUAUUAACUCAACUUCUCCCGAGUGUUGAAUGCAACCUUAAUGACCGCUUGCGUGCAGGCAUUCUUUGUAC